CGCCACCGCCGCCCCAGCGAGAGGCAGUGCCUGCAGGUGCUGGACAUGACGGGCCUUCAGGACGACGGCACAGACUACGGCCCGGAGAGCAUGAGCCUGUGGUCCAGGACCGUGACGCUGGCCAAAGCCUGCAUCGACGUCUCCAAGCGCCAGAGCGAGCGCGUCAAGCGCGCCUCCAAGCGGAGGAAGGGGCCUUACAGCAGCUCGGUGACCCUGCCGCCCCCGCGGCCCGUUUCCGUGGAGGUCCGCGUGGAUCUCUUCGUGAACAGCACGUCCUACGGGGUCCUGAAGGACGCCCUGCAGAGCAACGCCCACAGCGCCCUGCGGCUCAAGUGCCGGGACUUCCGGGCCGAGGAGCUCUCCAUCGCCAGCACCGUGGGCUUGCUGGAGUUCCUGGACCCUGCCAGCGUGCGGCAGGUGGACCUGCGCUUCAACAACCUGGGGCUCUCGGGCCUCAGGGUGGUUCUCCCGCACAUGGCCAAGUUCACCAACCUCGUCAGCCUGAAGCUGCCCUACAGCAACAUCGACGUGCGGCGGCUCUCCCCUGGGGGCCGGGAGGAAAGCCUCCAUUACUUUGCCGCUCAGCUCGGUAGGCUGUCGCGCCUGAAGGAGCUGAAUUUGGGUUCCUCCAGGCUUUCGGGAAAACUAAGGCAACUUCUCGGCGAUUUGCAGGGUCCCCUGGAAAGCCUCGAGCUCGCCUUCUGCUACCUUCUCCCCAACGACCUCUGCUACCUGUCCCAAAGCCUCCACGCCCCGGCGCUGAAGAAGCUGGACCUGAGCGGCAACAACCUCUCCGACUCCCUCCUUCAACCCUUCCAGCACCUUCUGGGAGAGGCCUCGUCCUCGCUGCUCCACCUGGACAUCAUGGAGUGCCGCCUGACGGACGCGCACCUGGAAGCGCUGCUGCCUGCCCUGUGCCGCUGCUCCCGCCUCCGCUACCUGGGGCUCUUUGGCAACCCCCUCUCCACGCAGGGGCUCAAGAACUUGCUGCAGAGGACGGUGGCCCUGCCGGACUUGCGGCUGGUCAUUUACCCCUACCCCGUGGACUGCUACAGCGAGGACUUGCCCUGGCCUCCCUCCUCCUCCAGCCUCUUGAACGGCUCCGUGGACAAGGAGAAGUUCUCCAGGGUGAGCGCGGAGCUGCAGCAGAUGCUGCUGAGCUCCAGCAGGGCCGACGCCGUCUGGACGACGAACCUUUGCAGGCACAGCACCCUGGACUAUUUCAACUUGUAGCUCACCCCAAACUGUGAACGGAGGGGGAAAUGCAUUCUGCUCGGGCGGGCUGGUUGUUUCUCGGGUCCUGCCUUCUGCUGUUUGGCGCCUGCAGCAAUAAUACAUUUGUAUGCGUUUUUUAACGGUAUUUAGUGCACGGCGUACAGAGGACGCUCUCAUUCCCCCUUUUCCGCCUUGGCUACGGACAAUUCAGGCAGCCGGAUGAAGGCUUUCCAGCCAUGGUUUUCCGCUGCCCUGUGUCAUCUCUCCUUGCCUUCCAGGCCUCUCAGCUGUCUCCUCUAGUCACCGGCACGGCUCUGCAGACUCCGCGCGAGCACAACUAAACCUCAGCACCCGUCGCGGCAGCCAGCCCUGCUGCUGAGGAGCCGGUUAGGGGAUUUUCUCUACGAGUGCGAGCCCAUCUCUGUUCUUUGAGCGGCUGGCUGC